AUGGAUUGUGGUACUAAUGCUGGUCGUGUAAUGUUUUUGGAUGAUUUUAAAAAUCGUGGAAGUAGUUUUUGGAUUACUAGAUUGAUUUUAACUUCGUGUGCAGCACCAUAUUCAGUGUUUUCUGCUAUGUUUUUUUUACUACUGUUUAUUUCGCACCAGAGCACCUUGUUUGUUCAUGACUGGAGCGGUUCAGCGGCAAUUAACAAGCUAAGAGAUGAAGUCCAAGUGGUAACUACCAAAAAAGUUCAAUCUUUUGUAUCAUACAUCAGCCGGGGACGGAUUUCUGCACUGGAUGAAACUGUUACUUCACUUGCGGUUGAUUGGAUUACUGAGAAGCUCUAUUUUGGCAUCGAAGUUCCUGUUUCUCAGACCAAUGUUGGGAGAAUUGAAGUUUGUUCUUUGAAUAAUGAUAAACCUUGUACCAUUGUCCUGUCAUCGACUGCAGUUCCUUCACAGCCAAAGGUGGAAAGCCUGCAUUUCCUUGUCUUGGAUCCUGCUGAAGGAAAAAUGUAUUGGCUGAACAGUCUAAAUAAAUGGAUUGAAAGUGCUUGGAUGGAUGGUCGGAAUCAUGUUGUGAAUAUGUUUAAUCAAAACUUAGGGGAUAAUGUUGUAACUACUGGUCUUUCAUUGGAUCAGGUAUCAAGAUCGCUUUAUUACUUAAAAAUAGAUAGCUCUUCACACAGAACAGGCUUGUGGAAAUGCGGGUUGGCCACUCCUUAUUCUUGCAGUUUAAUCACUUAUGUCGCAAGUGGCCAUUACUUGGGUAUUUUCAAGAAUUACAUUUUAUGGACAUCUCUUUCACCCCAACUUUUGUCCUCUAGUCUAACAAUGUGCGAAGUGACAGACUGUCGGAAUGGGUCGUUCAUGAGGAUUGCUAAUUCUGAAGGCUUUGGUGCCUUCCUCGUUAAUGAUUCAUAUAUUCAGCCUCCAAGAAAACUGCCCAAUCCCUGCUUUUACAACAAUGGAGGAUGCUCACAUUUUUGCACUCUUAUUCCCGAAAAGCCAUGGCGUUCCUGUUUGUGCCCAAUAGGAUUGAAGUUGCUUGAUGAUGAAAUGACAUGUGCAGAAAAGCUAACCAAGGUGCUUUUCGUUGCAACGUCGUCAGGUAUGCUAUAUAUAUCACUAGAUACUAACCAUCAUAUACCAAUGCCAAUUCCUUUGUUGGAACAUACAGAUGUGACGUACGUUGACUAUGAUCCAGUUGAAAAAAAUUUAUUUUUCGUAGAACGUGAGACGAAGAACAUAAUGAGUUGUAAAAUAAAUGGAUCAGAUCUGCAGGUUAUCAGUUACUGCAUGGCUAGUUUUAUAUUUUUGUUAUGGUAUAUGCGUAAUUUUCUGCGCUUUUUUAAAUUUAGUUGUGUUUUUGUUGGCAACUUGAAAUCAGAACCGGAGUCAAUAGCUGUGGAUUGGUUAAAUCGUAACCUGUAUUGGCUAGAUUCAAAAACUGGUCGAUUAAAGAUCAAAAGUCUCGUAACUAAUCAAAGCCGCGUAUUGUUUGCUGACAGCAGCCAUAGUUUUCAGAGUUUAGCAGUUGAUCCAGAUCAUGGUUAUCUGUACUUUACUGAUAUUAUAAUAAAAGAAAACAAGUUUUCUAUUGUGAGGACUUGGCUCGAUGGUAGUAAUCAAGAUGUUUUAAUCAAUUUGGAUUACGAACCAGCUGGAAUUGCUGUGGACGGCUUGAGUAACACAGUAUACUGGUCGGACAAUGAGAGGGUUCUCUUGCGUUCUGCUUUUUUGAAUAAUGGAACUUAUAAGGAUAUUUUCAACAAGAGUGAUAACAGGCCUGCUUCAAUGUCUAAAUUAGGGAACUUUUUGUAUUAUAUAACUUUGUUCGGUCGACAGAUAUAUAUGUUAAACUUAACGCAAAAUGGCACUGAGCCAUCUGGUGAAAAAAUCGAUUUUAUGAAUGGAAUGAUGAUUUACAGCCUUCAAAAUAUUCGAGCUGUUGACUUUGAUAAUGAGCUUAAAGGGGAAUCUCCAUGUUCUAAAGCUACUGGAGGUUGUUCACAUAUAUGCGUCAAGCUACCUGAUGGUGGUAAACGGUGCUUAUGUCGAGAAGGAUAUGAACUCUUAAUGGAUGGAGUGACUUGCCAUUUGCCUGAAGCGUUUCUGGUUUAUAAACAGUUUAGUAAUCCAAACGCAAUAACGAGAAUUUCUUUGAAUCCUAAGCUAUCAUCUCCGGAGAGGAUUUACAUCGAUGAUGAGAAAGCGACUUUUGAAAAUAUAGCAAUCGAUCAUGUUAGUUUGCUGAAUCGUGAAAUUUAUUAUCAUUAUGUGAAGUUUGUCUUAGCCAGUGAAUCUAUCAAGAGUAUUGCAGUCGACUCAGCAACCGGAAAUAUUUACUGGUGUAACGUAGCAAGUCAUCGUAUCGAAGUAUCUCGCAGCGAUGGAUUUGCAAAACGAGCUCUAGUUUGGAAAAAGGUUUUACCUAGUUAUCUAGUUGUUCAUUCUAGACGUCAGUUUAUGGCCUUUAUCAAUAGUUAUGGAGGUCAGAGUGCUAUUCAUAAAUUACCUUUGUAUGGAAACUAUGAUGGUGAUGCCGGAGUUCCUUUAUACAGCAGUCAAGGAGUGCUCAGCGAAUUUACAAUUGAUUAUUCUAAUGAUCGAUUUGUUUGGUGUGACAGAAAUGGGGGAGUAGGCCAACUUUUCUCGAUGAAUUUUGAUGGAGGGGAUUUAAAAAAGUGGGUAAACAUUAAUACAUUCUCUCCCGUUUCUCUUUCUGUUUAUGAGGGUCGAGUUUAUUUUGCUAACGCUGGUAGUAGUGCAAUUGAAGUGUUUGACAGUGGGAAGUUUAGCGUGUUGCAUAGAGAUAUACCUAAAAUUCUUUGGCUGGGCAUAGUACACCAGGGCAAUCUUACAGAUGUGAAUGUAGAUUGGAAUGAGUGUAUGAAUGCUAAUGGAGAAUGCCCAAAGCUAUGUAUCCCAAACGGUAAAAAAGCAAAGUGUUUUUGUGAUGACCACGAAGUUUUUGAUGAGAAAACCAGAACUUGCUUAGCUUUUCAUGGUAAGAACAAUAUUGCUCCUCCAAAGGGAACGAAAUUUUUUUUAGCUCCAAAAAAAUUUAUUUUUCUGGCGACUGAAAAUCGUAUUUUGCGACUGGAUUUGCGAACUGAGACCGAUGCGAGGCUUACAGAUGAAUCUUACUGCGUGCUACGUAUAUCGAAUGUGGGCGCCCCAAAAGCCAUUGAUUUUGACAAGUUUUCCUUGAAACACUUUGUAUACUGGAUCGACAGUUGGCAAGAUGAUGUCAUCAAACGUGCUUCUGUAGUUUAUGAAGCUGAUUCUAGUAAAGGUUUAAAUGAAGCUCAAAUUUUAAACUUUACUCGUGAUUUGGGCUGCUACCAUUUGUUUUCUGUAGCUAUUGAUAAUUAUGGAAGACAACUCUACUUGUUAUGCGCCGACGCAAUUGUAGAACGUGUUUCAUCUAUUCAUGUAUUUCGAAUUAAGUCUGAUGAUUCACUGAAUUACGUUGGCUGCGUGGUGAGUGGGAGGAAGUCAUUUCUGCUUUCCGGACACAAUCCUUUUCCUCAAAGAAUAGCGCUUUUUCCAAAUUUAAACAUGUUCUUUUAUAUUGAUGUUGGUGGUCCUGAACCACAAAUGGUUCGCUGCACACUGAACGGGCAAAGAUGCAUUUUAUGGAACACUACAGCUUUAACUAACUCAAGCCGUUUGCAUGCAUUUCAUAAUGCUGAAGACCGAAUAUUUUUUACCGCAACUAAUGGUUUCCAUUGGCAUCCUGCUAUAGACCACCCUAUACGGCAUCAACCACAUUUGUAUGUAAAUAACGUGCAAGAUGUUAUACCUGUUACGACCGAUAAAGUUAUUGUUUUUAAACGAGUUGGAAAACACUCAAUCCUUUCAGAAUAUCCUUUAGUUGAGAAACAUAUUUUUUCUGAAGUAGAAGUUUCUCUUCCUGUCAUGCUAGCGGCGAGUGAUGUUUUUGAAGCUGAUGGAUUCGUGAAAUCAUCUUAUACCUGCGAGUCCUCUCCGUGCUCUCACUUAUGUAUUGUUCACCGUGGUGAGGCUGUGGAGAAUAGAUUUGAAUGUUUGUGUCCUCUUGAGCACUACAAACGUGGAAGCAGUUGUUCAAAAACAGUCGUUUGUGAGCGUUGGCAGUUUAGUUGUGAAGAUGGCCAACACUGUGUUCAUUACUCAUCACUUUGUGACGGAACUCCUAAUUGCGAAGAUUAUAGCGACGAACAUCCAAAGAUGUGCCAAAUUAUUGCCUCCAAAAAAUCUGCAUGGCCUUGCCUGAGCGGUGAAAAGUUUGUUCAGAAGCAUCAAUUUUGUGACGGUAAAAGCGACUGUCCUGAUGACUCAGACGAAUCUCAUUGUAGAUGUUCAGACCCGCUGAAUGAGUAUGACUGUAAAAGUCGUGCGACAGACAAAUUUUAUUGUGUUUGGCGGAGCAAACUUUGCAGUGAAAUACAUAACUGUAGUAACAUGAAUGACAUUCAGCGGAAAAAUUGUCAGAAAAGUGAUGAAAAGAUCUCGACACGGCGUACACAAUUAUCGUUCGAAUUUGCUGUACCAUUUCUAAUAUUUUUUAUUAUCAUGUGCGUGGCUAUUUUCUUUUGUUGUUGUCAAUUUUCUGCUCGCCUGACGGUCAGCAACAGGCGCACAUCUCGUCCGGUACGUUUCAGUGGUACUGGUGCCGAGGCUCAUGUUCUAUUACCAGUUACUUCACCAGGGACUCAAGUUGAAUUUCAGCUACGUACUGUUUCUACGGGAGCUGGCUCUGCAAUUUAUAACACAGUUCCCCCUUUCAACCUUCCUCCCUCUGCUUCUGAACCAGAGAGUCAAGUCUUCGUAUAUGUUUUUUUUAGUUUAUCAACCUAUGGGGUAGUUAAGCCUGCUGGCAUGAAGUUGUAUGUUGAUAGUCGUUCUGGGGCUGUAUCAACUUUAAAAAGAAAUAGACGCAGAACCAGAAAAAGGCGGAAUAUGACCGAACGGCAGAAAACCCCUCCGCCACCUUAUUCACAUUUGCGGAUUGAUAAUCAUACUUUCCAGGGGUAUCCUGGUACUUAUCGAGAUAAUAAUAGUGCUCACUGUGUUCAUUCUGACGACAAUGAUGAUGAUGACGAUGAAGAUGACAACGACGAAAUAGAGUAA